AUGGCAUCCAACCCUCCUGCAGAAAGCGCUGAGCACAGUACUGCUCCACAAUCGGCUCCUAAUGGAACACAGCCGGCCGGCGAGGUGCCCGGCGCCCUUGCCAACCCUGUUGUCACGUCCGUGCCGGAACCCAGGUUACCGACGCGGAAGGAUGCAUCGCUCAAAGAGUUUCUGAACAAGAUGGACGACUACGCUCCAAUCAUACCCGAUGCCGUCACGAACUACUACAUGACGCGAGCGGGCUUGCCGCCUCCUCCGCAGACAGACCAGCGCCUUGCCCGGCUCCUCGCCCUGGCCACGCAAAAGUUUAUCGCCGACAUUGCGGCUGAUGCCUAUCAGUACAGCCGCAUCCGCGCGAGCAACACGAAUGCCAACAACCCGAUGGGUAGCCUCGGCGCCGCCGCGGGGUUCCCCAUCCCCGGACAGCCGGCCAAUCAGCCUGGCAGCAAGGAUCAGGGCCGCGGCGGCCCGUUGGGGAUCCAGCGCCCAGGGUACGGAGGCGGCGGCCAGGGAGGAAGCCAAAAUCGUACUGUCCUCACGAUGGAAGAUCUGGGCAUGGCAGUCGGCGAGUUCGGUGUCAAUGUCAAGCGGAGUGAGUUCUACCGCUGA